GUCACUAGUAAAUAAAGCAAGACAAAAAUAAUAUCAACAAACCACCUCGAGUGGUGGAACGUACGCAGUAGGAAACGUUUAGAUUUGCUUUUUACAAAUAGAAACUUUUGUUAGAUCCAGAUCUAGAGCUGCUUCUGAACAGAUUACAUGGCUUCAACACAGAGGCCAGAUAGGUCUGAUGAUCUUAAUGACUCAUGGGUUGAACUUCAUUAUGUGAAUCAAGAUAGAUAUCAACCCAUGGAAUCCUCAGCAUCGACCAGCACAGACCCUGUUGUUGCUACCUACAUGAGCACCAUGGAGAAACUGUUGAUAGAUGCACAGAGGGAGUCACGUACACCAUCUAGACCCAACAGCAAGGAAUCUUCCUAUCGAGGGAGUCCUAAUGGGCCUGCAAGUCCUAACACAGAGUGGACAAACCAAGAGUGGAAACCCAAACAGGAACCUAACACAGACUGGAUAUGGGAUUGGUCAAGUAGACCGGAGCUACAGCAGUCUUUUGAUAAUUUAAGUGAAAAAUUUCGUCAUCCUGGCAGCAAAGUUGGACACACACCUCUCAGUGUACGAAAUACACAAGUUAUGAAAAAAACACGCCUGUUUUCCUGGGCUAACCUACCAACUUUACUUUUGACACAUGCCUGCACAUUUUUUUUGGGCGCUGCAGCUGUGUUUAUUUACUUCAAAAAAUUUUGCAACUUGACAACUAUUGCCCAAAUUACUCUAGAUUAGUGGCACAUGAUGGAGUUACAAGAAACUUUUUAAGGUUGUUGAUAAUCAUUAAUGAUUUGUAUCCUAAACAUAAAAGGAACUUGGUCAUUGCCAAAAAAAAAAAGAAAAAAGACGAUAUUGCUAAUUCAAUGCCAGUGAACUUCCAGUUAUUCAGUAAAACCAGACAAAGUUUAUUGUUUUUUUUUCAAGCUUAGCUUUGGUGAUAACAUUAAAUUUUUGUUUGGUUAUGAAUUUUUUGUUAGUGCUCUAUUUAAUUUUGUGGUGCAUGGCAAACAAUUGAUUUCCUUGUUUUGUUUUGACAUUAUUGUUUUAAAUAAUCAGAAUCACACACAGAAAAAUUUGACACCAAAUUAGUGGAUCCAUUUUUUUGUUCCUUAUUCAUGAUUUUUAAAGCAUAUAAAAAAAACACAUGUUUUUGUAGCAUAUUUUUUACAUUAUGUUGAUCUCUCUGAGCCUUUGCAAAGAAAGUCUGAAAUUAGCCAAACUCUUUUCUUUUUUCAAAACUUAAUUUAUUCUGCCAAUAAGUUGUUUUCUUAUUUUUCAGUUUUAUUUAUCAGAGGAUUAUUUUUCAAUUUCUGACCUUUUUUAAUGGGUCCAUAUUGUUCAUAAUUAUUACCAGAGUCUCUCUUAUUUUUAUUUUUUUCACUAAGAAAUUUAUCUUUUACCAUUUUACAAGUUUUGUCAGGCAUUGUCACAUACAUUUUGUACACAUGUUUGAAAGCCUAAUAAUAAAACUAGCUAUUGACAGCAUUCAAUUGCAUCAAGGUAUGAAAAAAAAAAAGGUUCUAUUAACUUUUUUUUUAAGCAAUAUGACCCAAUUAUAAUUCUUAUUGAUCUGACUCACUAAGUAGCAAGUAGUAGGAAGAAUUUUACACAUUCUCAUUUUUUAAGUUUUAUAGAUGCAGAUAUGCAUAUUUCUUAUAGGUAGAUAAAGAAAGCUAAAAAAUAUAAUUUUUUUUUUUU